CUCAACCCCAUCUUCCCCUCCCCCCUCCCCCAGCUUCUUUAUUCCAACCAGGGGGAAAGGUGUUUUUUCCUAAAAAAAACUCAUUUUCAUCUCGAGGGCUGGACAGGAAUAAUAGACCCCAGUAACUCCUUUCCUUUAAUUGAAACUCCUUUACACCGGCUGCUGUCUCUCUCUCUCUCCCUUCCGUGUGUUGGUUUAUAUAAAUUAUGGUCAUUAUUUGUAAACUUGGCAGCAAACUGCAGUGCCCCUAUUUCAUUCCCGGUAGAUUAUAACUGGCUCGGUUCAUUCCUAACUCCAACUCAAAUUACGACGACAGAAGGGUAUUUAAAAACAAAGCAACAACAACAACAACAACAACAACGAGAGGAAAAAAAACUAACAGCGGUACCCACUGCAAGAACUAGUGCAUCUUUUUUUUGUAGCAUCCUGGAAUUUGUUGCCCUAGUUUCCCCCCCACCCCAACACUACCGCCCCCCUCACCAUUCCCUGCCUCCAUUUCUUUUUUUUUUGCCUCCUCCUCAUCACAUUCAACACCAGGACGUCCGGUGUUUCUGCUUCUUGGUGUUAACCUGUUGGAAAGAGUUAGAAGUGUCAGAAGCCACAAUGAGCACAGGAGGUGAAGGACCGAGUCAGUCCCCGACUCCCCCGGAACAACCUGCAGAGACACCGCAGAAGAGAGGUCGGGGAAGACCCAAGAAACAGCAGCAAGAACCGACUGGACCACCUACGCCUAAACGACCUAGGGGAAGACCAAAAGGAAGCAAAAACAAGGGUCCCUCUAAAGCAGCUCAAAAGAAAGCUGAGCCCGCUGGUGAGAAACGACCUAGGGGCAGACCUAGAAAAUGGCCACAGCAAGAGGUCCAGAAGAAGCCUGCUCAGGAAGAGGGUGAAGGGACAUCCUCACAAGAAUCCACGGAGGAAGAUUAAGAAACCACACUAUUUUACUUCUACCUCAUUCAGCAGUUGGGUCUUUUGAAGGGAGAAGACACUACCUUGACCACUUUUUUUUUUCCCAGUUAACAUUGGUCUGUCCACUUUAUUCUGGGGAGAAACGCAUCCUCUGAAAGACUUUUUACUAUCCACCUUUUUGUAAUCCCUUCACAGUCCCAGGUUUAAUGAUGAUAAAAACUGCUGUAACACAGGGGACACAGAUUAUUGAUACAACGUUUAAUUACCAUUUUUCUUUUUUAAUUCUUAACAUACUUAUAGUUUAUUGAGCUGCUAAGUAAGGGUGAGUGGGUCAAAAAAGAGAGUUUUAUUUUUCACUGCAAUGCACAAAAUAAUGCAAGAGGAAAACAUCAGAUACAUUGCACAUAAUAUGGGCAUUUUAUGAGAAGCAGCUUUUCUGUUUAAAAAUGAAUGAGCUUUAACAGCACCAACACCCACCCCUUGACUUAGUAUACAGCCUGGAUAGAACACCAAAGAUGAGGGCUAGGCACUGCUCUUCUAGAAACCUUUUAGUAGACUUCUUCUUUUUUGUUAAAUUGAUUUUCACUUACUCUUAAUUUCAAGAAGACUCCUAGGGCUGAUUUUUUUUUAAAAUAUAUAUUUAAUUCUGCUGUUAACUCAACACCUAAAAAAAUAUAUUCAUUAACUGAAGGGAAGGAUGAAAGAUUGACAUUUUAUUUUACAGGUCCGUAGGGAUACAAACAGAAAUCAAGAAAUUCCACUUCAGUGUAAGUCACUGAAACUUGGAAAGGGAACUGAUUUUCCUCAUCAGUCAGCCAAUAAGAACCACAUAUAAAGGUGACUUCACCUCUGAUGCACUGCCAUGUGGAUGGAUCGAGCAAACUCAUUUCUUGAUUUUUGGGAACACACGCUGUGUAACUGAUCUUCAAAUCAUUCCUCCUCCAUCCAAUCAAUCCAUAUGAAUACUCAGUUAAACCAGCACUUUUAGUGACAGUUGCAAUAUUACCCCAUUAUCUGUAACUACCUCUGAUUAAAUCAAUUAGUUUGACAGUCUCUCGGGUGCAUGCUGCUAUACACAUACAAUGCAGGAUAAUUUUUUUCGGUUGAAUGGACGGUUAAACACUGAUACCUGAAUUUAGUUUAAAUUCAUUUUACUUUUUACAGUCUAAAUAUUGAAAGAGGAGACAAGAAUACCUGAUAGCAUUUCUAUAUUGCCAUAUAAUUGAAUUUUACAAGUUAUUCAAUCCCAGUUUGUACAACUCAUUUUCUGUACAUACUUUUAACUUGAAUGCAAUUUUCUUUUUUACUGAAUUACUCAAUGAUUUUAACAGAUUUUUUCUUAUGUUACAAUUAAUAACGUGGAAAUGUUUCUAUUGCUUUGACUUUUCAUUUUUGUCAGUAAUGUUUGAAAUUUAACUGUCCAGGUUUGUACCUCAAAUGAAUUCAAGGAAAAUGGAUUAAUCAAUUGACCAAAACCUACCUCCUGACAUUAAAAAAGAAAUGAACUUGUUACUAUCAACAUCACUUUUAAAAUAUUAUUAAAAUUUUAGGACUGCAACUAAUCCCUAAUCAAAGUAUUUUUGUAAAAAAAAAACGAAAAAAAAAACCUUGGAUACAAAAGCAUUUUAAAUUACUUUCUAUUCUGAAACCUUCAAAGCAAACUUGAAGCUUUGUAAGUAGGAAGCAACAAGCUCAGUUUUUUGUAUAAUUCAAUCAAGAAUAAGUGUUUAAAUUAGUAGAUUGUAAGAAACAUACUUGAUUCAUAUUUUCAUGUAUUUUACACAAAUGUGAUUUUUCUCUUUUUCAUUUUGUAAUGUUUCAACCAGAUGUAUUUUUAAAAUGCUUCUUAUGUAGAGUUUUAUCUUGCUUUCUGCUUGUCAAUAUUGCUACUUUUAACAUUUAUUAGGCCAGGGAGAUGGGGAGGGUGUAGUUUCUCAGGAGAAUCUCUGACAGUAAGGCUUUAGUGUUGAGCCAAAGUACAACCAAAGCUGAUUCCUUCUGGCUUCCAUCAGAAUUUGUAAAACCUUGACAUACUCUCAGCUGCCUCUUCAGACAAUAUGGUGCAUAUCCAUCUGUACAUUGAAAGCUGAGGUACUAACCAGUUGCAUUUUUGCCAAAUUUGCUUUUUCAAUUGUAUCUUCCAACAAAGACUGCCUUAUGUUUUAUUUUUAAAAAAAUACAUAUUGUGAUUUGUUUAAAAUAUCAUUCCAUGAAUUUUGAUUUAAGAGAACCUUCUGAAAUUUGUUUUGGUCUAAUGCAUGUUAAGGAAGCCUUUGGUUACUUGUUGGACAUUUCACUUUGCAAAGCCUCUCAAAUGAUGAUGUUUAUCAUGUAUUUCUCUGUACGUUGAACAAUCAAUUACACACUACUACCUCUUGGGGCCUACUGUUACCUCAAUUUCAAGCUGAAAACCUGUUCAAUUGUUUAUGGCCAGUAGACCAGAGUGAGCAUCAUAAAUUUUUUUAUACAUAGUUUAUUUUUUUGGGAGAUAAAUUUUAUAUGACUGUUCUCUCCUGACUGGUCACCUCAAAAUAAGACUGGACAUUUAACUAUUCCGCUAUUUUACAAAUUGUAGUCUUGGUUUGCAGGGAGAGUCGGAAAACGUAAGACGACAAAUCCUACUCUCCGUGUACCAUGAAUGUCUAACUUUAUUGCUUUGCUAUUCACUUAGCGAAACUGUCUGAUUGUACUUGGAAAUGCUUGCUUGCUGAAAAGGUUCCUUUCAUGGAUUAUCACUGUCUGUUCAGCACAAAUAAAUGUAAGAACCUCUGUGA